CAUGAAUGUACAAAGUAAUAUCUCUUCUUGCUUUAACUGGUUAACUAAUCAUGGAAAGCUUAAUUCUGAUUAUUCUGGUAAUUUUCCCAGGUGUGCAGGGUGGGGACUGGGGGGUGACCUCUGGAGAUCAGUGUGCUUUGAGAGGGUCGUCAGUGAUCAUAGACUGUCAGUACGACUAUCCUUCAGGGCGGUGGGUCACGUCAGUGGGCUGGUCCAAACUCCUGCCUGCACUGGGACGUCCGGGGCACUUUAUCCUCUCACAGCUCCCUCUGAACUCAGCAUACUUUAACUAUGUGGGCAACUACUGGAGUGACUGCCGUCUGCGGAUCAAUAAUGUACAGCACGAUGAUGAAGGAGCAUACCUUUUCAAUUUCGUGACAACAAUCAACAGAUGGACAAGCAAGAGAGCGGCUCGUUUGUCCGUAAGAGAGCUGACCACAGUGGUGGAGCCGAGCACAGUGACAGAGGGGGGGGAGGUCCGUCUGUCCUGUGUGUCGGGCUGCUCUACACCGGUCAACAUCCUCUGGUUCAGAGACAGACAGCCUGUCCCACAGCCGGGGUUCCAGGCUACCAGAGAGGAUGCUGGGAGAUACUACUGUGCCGUCCAGGGACAGGAGACGGUGAGAUCUGCCCCUGUGGCUCUGAAUGUUCAAUAUGCUCCCAGGAAAGUCACACUGUCAAUGACUCCUUCAGUCAUCAAAGGAGGUGCGGUGACCUUCAGCUGCAGCAGUGACGCUAACCCCCCCGUGCCCCAGAGCGGAUACAGCCUGCACAAAGACGGACACCUCAUCAGUUCAGGACAGAAUCACACCGUGUCCAACAUCCAGCCCCCCCACAGCGGCCUGUACUCCUGCCUGGCCUGGAACAACAUCAGCCGGAGCGGCAUCAGUCGCAUCAACUCCACCCAGCUGCACCUCGACGUCCUGUACCCUCCAGAGAACAUAUCCAUUUCGAUGGACCCUCUGGAUGUUGUAGAGGGCGGCAGUAUGAAUCUGAGCUGCAGCAGUGCCGCUAACCCCGCAGCUCACAGCUACACCUGGUUCAGGCAGAGUGCCCCCAGCCUCAGCUCCAUGCUGCGGGUGGGCUCUGGACCGCUGCUGACCCUCCCCUCUGUGGACGCGUCCCACACCGGACUCUACCUCUGCACGGCCAGGAACCAGCUGGGGGAAAACAACUCAACUGAGGUGAUGCUGACCAUGAGGAAAGAAUAUCAAGGCGAACAGACCGUCCCUGUCUUAGCUGGAAUUGGAGUGUGUGUAUUUGUGGCGCUACUGUUAGCUCUGCUUCUGUUCAGGCUGAAACAGAGGACCCGUGCAGAGAAAAAACCGACUGUGUUCGACUUCAGGCUCAGUGAGAGAGGCUCGAGCUCCUCAGGUCCAUCUGACAGUGUUUACGCCAACAUCCAGCCCAACAUCCGGCAGGCGCUGCCAUCUCCUCCGCCUGCUGCUCAGGAGAUCACUCCUCUAUCUCAGAGGUCACACCAUGAGCAAGAGGCACCCAUGUCUUAUGAAGAUGACGUGACCUACGCCACAGUGACCAUUAAACCCAUAAACUCCACUCAUCACAUGAACAGCAGGUCCAGAGCUGGUGAUGAUGAUGACUCUGUGAUCUACGCUUCACUGGCCUGACCUGUUCACUCCUUUAGGCCGGGUUCAUCUUCAUCAAGAGAAAUGAUGCCGUGUGGCGUCUUAAAAGUUCAAGUCUCUCAGGAGGGUUGAAAAGAGAUUUAUUUAUUUGUAAUAAAUAUAUAUUUAUAUUUUUGCAAGGCUUUUUUGUUAUAGUUUGUACAUAAAUACUGACUGAAUACACUUAUUUAAUGUUUUUUAUAUACUUAAGUUAAGUUGUGGGUUACUAAAAAGUAUACUGAAGUCUGUACAGUUGGUAAUAAAGAGUUAUGAAUACAG